AUGUACGGAGACAUCUACGGAGGCCGCGCCGGCGGUGGCGCUCGGGUCCCGCGACGCUUCGAUGAGUACUACCGCUGCUACCCCCUUGUCAUGGCGCCCGGUGCCGAACGACCUGAACUCAACUACGGCUCCAAGAUCCUGCUUCCGCCUUCCGCCCUCGACAAGGUUUCGCGACUACACGUACAAUGGCCUAUCAUGCUAGAGCUCAUCAACGGCUCGCUGGGAGCGCACACACACGCCGGUGUGUUGGAGUUUGUGGCUGAGGAGGGUAGGGCCUACAUCCCGCAGUGGAUGAUGCAGACACUCAAGCUCGAGGUGGGCGACAUAAUCCAGAUCAAGACGACAUCUCUCGAGCUCGCCAAGCUUGUAAAGCUUCAGCCGCAAUCCGUCAACUUCCUCGAUAUUAGCGAUCCUCGUGCCGUCCUCGAAAAGGCAUUCCGGAACUUUGCCGCCCUGACCAAGGGCGAUGUUUUCAACUUUGAAUAUAACGACGAGAUUUACGAAAUGGCGGUUCUGGACGUCAAGCCGGAGACCGCUAAGAUGGGUGUCUGCAUGAUCGAAACAGACGUCAGCGUCGACUUUGCGCCGCCAGUUGGCUAUGUCGAGCCGCCGCGACCUGCACAAGGCAGCGGUACCAGCACACCACGCAGCGGCAGGGCUGUUGGUGGAGGACUUCCGGCGGGUGGUCUCUUGCACAACCAGGGAACCAUGGCUCAGGCCAUCAACUACGAUGCUAUCGCACCGGGAGCCACCACCCUGUCGGCGGGCAAUUUCCAUGGCGAGGGUAUGCGGUUGGCGGCGAAGAAGGGCAGCAAGACGGGAACACCGAAGCCGGCGACGCCGGUGGCGGGCACUUCGACCAACGUUAAGGACGUGGUCCUGCCCAGGAGGAAGAACAACAACGGCCCCUUGCCACUCCGUCUGCCGCCCAACAAGCUCUUCCUGGGAUACGAGAUCAAGCCUGUCAAGACUGCGGCGGAUAAGGAGAAGGAGGCAGCCGCGGCGAAACAGCCGCACUUUGCUGGCCAGGGACAGACGCUCCGGGGAGGAGUCCCAAAGAAAAAGGGCGAUGACGAGGAUAAGGAUAAGGCGCAACCUUCGGAGAAGAAGCCGGAGGAGAGCAAGGGAAGGCGACUCGACGGCAGGAAUGUCUAG